AUGUCGCAAGCCUACGAGCGCGAACAACAAAACAAUUCCCGCCUCGAUGAACUAGCCUCCAAAGUAUCUGCGCUGCGGGGCGUAACGAUAGACAUCUACGAUAAUGCGCGCGAUCAACAUGUCAUCGACAGCACAAGCGACACCUUCUCCUCCUUCGGCACAUCACUCAAAGGCUCCGCCACACGCCUCACACGCAUGGCUUCAUCGGGGAACAAAGAUGGUCGCGGUGCGACGUCGCGGGAGAAGGCUGGAGAGAGGGCAUGA